UCGAUUUCGACUCGUACCAUCAAUCGAUCCUCAACUACGAGCUUUCGAAGUUAUCAAUCAACGAGGACUACUAUUUCACUCCGAUAAUCAACAUGAAGUGCUUCGCCGCUAUCGUCCUGCUAGCCAUGAUCGCAAUGGCCUUAGCCGAUACGAAACCUGCUGAAGCGGAAUCCAUCGAGCCAUCUAAUGCCGCAAACCCAAUAGAACCCGAAAGUGCAAGGAACAAACGAGGAUUAUUGGUUGGCGCUGCGUACACUGCACCGAUUGCAUAUACUGCUCCAGUGACGUAUUCAGCAGCGUAUGCCUACCCCUACGCAUACAGAGCUGCAUAUACGAGCUACCCCUAUUAUGCGGCUGCUUACAGCGCACCCUACAUCGUGGCCUAGAUAAUGACGACGACCUACGAUGAGCUUUUACUUGACGCCAGAUCGAACACAAUCGUGUUCUGCUACUCUUGAAGGUCUUUUCUUUUCUCUUUGGGUUCUUUUUUAUUUUAUUUUUUUUUUCUUUUAAUUACUUUUUCUUUUUGAUUUUCUUUUGAUUUAAAUCGUUUCUUUCGUUAUCUCUCACUCAUCGAGCAAAAUAUAUAUUCGUACAUUCGCCGUGUCAAAGGGAAUCUAUUCGAAAUAUGUAUAUGUAUAUGUAUAUGUAUAUAUAAAAAAUGAAAAAAGAAAAAACUCGCACGUACGAUGCAAGAGCUUUUUUCCUAUAAGCUCUUUUUCUUUUGUUUGUAUAUCUUUUUUUUUGUUUUCAUCUUUUUUCUCUCUCGAAUAUUUUUUUUCUUCUUCUUCUUUUUUUUUUUUAAUAGCUCGAACGGAGGACAUAAUGCAACGUGGAAAUAGUUCUAGAGAUAAUAAUAGUUAGAUAUUUGUGUUUGUUUCGUUUUGUUCUUUUCCUUGUUCUUGUUCUUUUUAUUUUUUGUUUCUUUCAAUUGUUCUUGACGAUACGCUGAUUAUAUCCUCCUUUCGUUGCUAUUUCAAUUAGAUUAUAUGUAUAAAUGUAUCGUUUAAUGUAUAAUUUGCGAGGAUGAGAAAAGAGUAUUUAAGAUGUAUAACCGUCUGUAAAAGAUUUUUAAUAUCUAUGUAAACAACGUGUAAUCAAUCAAUGCUAAUAAAUAUCGUAUGAUAUGCAUAAUAA